AUGGGUGCAGGGGCUGGCGCUUGGCAUGGACCAGCGUGUGCGCCACUUCUUCCAAGCCCUUCCGAGCGUCUGGUCGACCCAGUGCUCACACGCGAGAUUGGUCUCGGUCCGACUCUACUCUUUUCCGCACCAGGUCGUUCGUGGCCAUUAUCGAGACGCUCGCAUCGGCGGGGAAGGAGUCGGGCAGCUUGCCGCAAGGAAAGACAGGAGCGGACCGAGAUGUUGUCGCCACUCCUUUGCGCGUCCAUGCUGGGAGCGCAGCGCUGCUUCACGCUGAUGCUGCUCGCCGCAAUGCUCUUCCGAUCUGCGAGGGCAUUCGAGAUCCCAGAAGCCCUCAGGGCGGGUAGGGAGCUGGAACAAGUGCUGCGCGAAGCUCAAAUCGACUUUCCGCUGCUGGAGCUCUCCCACACGGCUCCAUCGGGCGUACGGACUAGCGCGAACGAGCUCAUGGCAUCGGUGCAGCGAGCGCGCAUCGCCAUUGCGCAGCACGUAAGCGGGAUCCGCCAUGGAGCAGACGAGUCAGCCGUUGACCACGCCCGUCGACUGCAAGAAGAGCUGAUGCGGCGUGUCGAAACUCACUACUCGGCUCAGCUUCAAGGUGUUGCGGUGGACAAGGUUGAGUGGCAACUUCACCGUGGACUUGCGGAUGGUGUGUCGGCGUCGAAGCAGCCGCACUUUGUGCAGAAUAUCCUCCGUCCCGCUCCGGAACUUUCGGAGCUGAUCAGAGCGCAAGACGAGACUAGGUUUGGCUUUGAGCUUCGCCGUCUGCAGGCGGUGUUGAAGCGGAUCAAUCCCGUCAGCGCCUACAAGCGUUGGAAAACGCGUCGUCUGCUCGCGCAGAUCUCCUCGGCACCUGUCAAGAAGGCGCAAGUCGGAACGAAGGCUCAAUCCGGAACGAAGUCCCAAGUCGGGACCAAUGGCAGUCCGACGCCUUGGAACAUUGACUUGCUGCGCGCUCGUCUGUCUUCAAUCACCGCGCUCCGGUCGACCCAAGUCGCGUCGGAGGCGAGUUUGGCUGAAGCGGAGGCAGCGGCCCAACGGCUCGAAACAGUCGCACCCAUCAAGUCGGACCUCAAGCUGGACAAGCCACCGCUGCCAAAGAAGACAAAACCGAAAAAGAUCAAGACGAUCAAGCGUCCGGGAUGGGAUGGGGUCAAAGCACCUCGCCGAUGGGCAAAGACGAUGCACCGCGUCGCGCCGGUCGACAGCUGGGACGACAUCCCGAUCCCCGGUAUGAAUCCUGUCCCUGUCGUGGCCCACUAG